AUGGAUACCUUGAACAUAUAUAAAAGCACCGAGAGUGUUGAAAUUUAUGACACGGUAGACUCUUUGGAUACAUGUGUUGCGGCCGAUUAUUCACUUGUUGAACAAACAAUUGAAGUUGAAAUGAGUUUGGAAGCUUUGAGUAGUAUAUUAACAAAUAAUGAAGAGUGGCAAGUGAAUGGAACUGUUCCCUUCAUGAUAAGUAGUCAUGCGUUAGAGAUGCUUUUACAUUAUUUACCUACUCUAGAAGAUUCUGCCAAAAAACAGCUCAUAGAACGUUUAAAGUGUUUUGCGGAAUAUUCUGAUAUGAAUAAAUGGGUGAUGUUUAAAGCGAAUACCAUUAGUAGACUUUUGAAAGGCAUUAUCUGGAAAUCAUGGCAAAGUAAUGAUGUUGCAGAAUUAACUAUGAGACUUUUGGAAAUCAUUUGUUCCUACUCCGUGAAAGUUUCCGAUGUGAAGUUAAUAUUGAAUAUGAUUUGUAACAAAUAUGAAGGAGAUAUAUCUUACCAAGGAGAUUCGGCUUGGUAUCAAGGUGCAUUGGUGAAAUUAUUAUAUUCAAUUUCACAAAAACAGAGCACAUUAAAUUUCUUUUAUCUGAAAGGAAUCGAUUCAGGAAUAGAGUUAUCACCGAUAGAAAAAUUUCCAACAAAUGGUUAUUCCUUGUUCACUUGGAUUAAGUUGGAUGCGGCACCAUCACCAAAGGAACAUACCGGUUUUGGGGAUUUUUCUCCGAGACUUUUUUCUUUCUUUACAGAAAAUGGCGAUGGGAUAGAAGCUUAUUUCGAGAACAAUGAACUUUGCUUCUCCUGUAAAAAAGGACGGGUUGUCUCUACCGCCGUUAUGAAUAAUUUAAAGUUCACUCAAAGAAGAUGGUAUUUUAUAGUUAUAACUCAUAGCACUUCAAAACGCGGAUGGACUUCAACUCCAGCAGAAAUAAGUGUGGUCGUUGAUGGUAAUAUUACAUUCAAGUCUCGUUUAGAAUAUCCGACCGAGUUUUAUUCACGUUCGUUCAAAUAUUGCGCAAUUGGUGCAUCCGUGUUUGUAAAUUCCUCAAAUUCUGACGAUGAAACUACGCACAUGAAUGCUUCGAUGUCAACGAGUAGGUUUUAUAAUUGUUUACGUGGACAAAUUACAACUUUAUACAUGAUAGCCGACGUUCUUACAAAGGAGCAAAUUAAUGAUCUUUAUGCUCUCGGGCCGAAUCAUGCUUCUCAAUUUCAUCCUUAUCAAGCAAACAAAACAUUAUUGAAAAGUAACCUAUUUGAUGGAAUUACGUUUUACCAAAAGAUCCUUUUCAUCUUUCAUGUGAAAGCGUCAGAAGAUAAAAAAUGUUUUAAUUUAGCUCCUCGUGCUUCAUCAUCUCAAGAGCCAAUUGCAGCUACUUUACUUGGCAUAGAAAAAUGCUCAACUCUUAGUCUUCAAAAUGCAAUACAUUGCCUAGGUGAUGUUGAAAUUCUUUUCCCAAUGAUUAUGAGAUUUGAUGACUUGGAUUCAGUAAAUUUGCAAGCACCAUUUGGGUCACAAGAUGAUUUCUUCGAUUCCGAAGGACCAUGCAAGUCUUUCUUUGCUCUUUUAUCGUCGUUGCUUCAAAAUAAUCUAAGGAGUCAGUCUCAUGUUUUCAAAUCCCGUGGGAUUAAGGUCAUUAGUCUCUUACUUCAACAAGUAGGCCCUCGACAUUUUUCAAUAUCAGCCUUCAAAAGUAUGAUGGCAUUAGCAGGCACCUUAUCAUCUAAUGAGGCGCUUUCGCGUGAAGUUUAUUGGAAUCUUCUUUUUGAAUUUCGAUUAUGGAUGUAUACUUCUAUUGAAAUUCAAGACUAUUGUAUUGAUUUUUUGAAAAGUUUUGUUGAUGCAAGGAAACAAAUGUGUAGAAAAUUGUUUGGCAUUCAAUUUUUCUUGGAUGUUUUACAAAAUAUCUAUUGGUAUAAACAAGGAGAAUAUUCUGCUUCGCAUAGGCAUACAACAGCAGGAGUUACAAGACCUAAGCCAUCACAACUCAAGGAGCUCCGAGGGAAGGUGAUCUCUAUCAUUCAUUCCUAUUUUAAGGAUAGCAUCACAAAGGACGAGGCACUAUUUUUGUUUAGGAAUAUUUUAUAUUGCGAGGAUGAUACUCAUGUGCACGAGAUAUUGACGUUACUCUUGGAUUUAUUGCAAACAAAUAAGGAAAUGAUCGAUAUCUUUGUUUCUUAUGGAGGAUUCGAAAUUAUAUGUGAACUUUUGAAACGACGUGAUGAAAAUGUUCGUAUUGAUUGUAUCAAGAUCGUAACCUUUCUAAUAACCAAUCCCUCAACGCCGAUAAGCUUUGUCAAAAAAUUACGUUUUGAAGAUAAGGAACCUGCUAACCUGAUAAAAUUAAUGCAUAAUGCACCAAUGACUAUCGAUGUUUAUCAUGCUUUAUUAUUCUGGUCAUUAGAGCAUUAUAGCGAUACUUUUGAAUUUGUGGAUAAAAACGACAAUGAAAUUUCUCUAUUAGUUUUGCCCAAAAUAAAAAACUUUCGGAUAAUUCUUGUUAUAUUGGCACUUUUAGAUUCAGAAGGAACGAAAAGAAUUGUCCAAUGUAGAAUUCUUGAAAAUUUAAUUGGAAUGUUCAAGCAAAACAUUUCGUUUUGUACUGAACUCUAUAAAUUUUGGUUUUGGCAACGUUACCUUAUUCGCCUUGUACCGGUUUAUGGAGGUCAAGAUGGAAUGCUUGCAGAACGAGACAAUAAAGAAACUGCUGAUUGGGCUUUAGAGUUCAUUGCAAUUGUUGUAUGGAAUUUAUUUGAAAUUGAUAAAAAUGCUUAUAGAACUGUAGAGGAAACUAUUAUUUCUAUUUGGACUAGUGGUCGUCAAGAUUGUUUAGAAAGCAUUCGUUCUUUACUUACUCAUAUGCUUUCGCUUGCAUCACAAGAAAUCAAAGCUUCAUUUAGCGCUUCGUUUUCUAUCACGAAAUUGCAAAAUGUGAUGCACUUGUUGACUCUAUCAGAAGAAAUCCUUUUUAAUCACAAAGAUCUGGUACAAGCUGUUGUUCAAAAAAACUCUUCCCGAUCCGUAGGAAAUUAUUCGACCUCAAGUAAUUCUUCUGUAUAUGAGGUUAUAGAUUCUUUAGAUAAAACAGGCAAUUGGAGAUUAGACUUACCAUCUAAGAGGGAAAUUCAACCUGGUGAAAUUUGUAGAAUGGUUUUAAGAACUUUAAUUGCUGGUAUUUCUGCCCCGGAUAGUGAGCUGCGUAAAAAAUCUUUAGACCAGUUGAUGGGAUUCGUUGAAAGACAUAUAAAAAUUAAUUCCGUGAAUUCAAAGACCGGAAGAAGGGAAUCAUCAGAUGAUGUUUAUUGUAUUGAUAGUGGUAUUUUUCAGCAACAUAUUCUUAUGUUAUUGGGAGAAAUGCACGAAGCUUUCAUUACCUCACAAGUGACAAAUGGUUCAUACGAUGAAAAAAUAUUGUUUGCUUAUUAUUUUGUAAUACAUAAAUGUAAACACUAUUUGGUUCAUCUUCGUGAAAAUGGAUCAUUUAAUGAAACAUUUGACUCAUUAUGGGUUGGGAAAGAUUUCAGCAGCCAUGUUUUUGUACAGUUUGCCACAUCUCGAAAUUGGAUAUCAAUACAUGACAAAUAUAUAGUACCCGCGAUGAAAGCUGCAAAUGAAGAUGAAUUUACAAUGGUGCGAAGGAUGGUAGAACGAUUUUCGAAGAAGGUCAACCAUUUUUUAAAUCGUUCCAAGAAAGAAGACUUAUUAUCCGUCAAAUCAGAAGAAGCUUUUGACAUUGAAGUGGUUCCAAUUGUCAAGUCUUAUAAGGACGAGGAGUCAAAUCGACUGACAAGUAUUCAGGCUGAUAAGAAGAAUGAUGAUAUUCGAACUUCUAGGAAAUGGUUGUCAAAGUUUCAUGAAUUGACACAAGAGCGCGGUGUUUGGUCUUUAGUACGUCAAAACGAUAUACAUUGGAAACUUGAUAGGAAAGAAAAUUAUUCAAGAAUGCGAAGGAAAUUAACCAUAAAUUAUGAUUAUGAUGCUCAUCGUGAAGCAAGUGCAAAGAGAGACAAGACCCCUAUUGUCAAUUCUGCAAACAAGGCAAAGAAUGUGAACAUUCAAAGAAUUAAGAAAGCUAAUGUAGAUAGUUGUAAUAACUCGACUCCCAUAUUAAAUGCAGUAGAACCAUGGACAGAUGGAUGGGGAUUCAGUGGAUCUUCUUUAGUGUCGGAAUCUGAAAGUCUUGCCUCAUCUGAGGAUCAGGAAUGGAAUCUUAUCACUGGAGAUAAAAUAGUUGAAAUAAUUGAUAUCUCUUCAGACAUGAAAUUAUUCUCUACAGAUUGUGAAAUGAUUGUCCUCCUUUCCGCAAUUAAGGGAAAGAUUGAACUUACAUCAACCCAUCUUUGCUUCUUUGUAGAUCGACGUAACUUGUUACAAGAACUUAAUAAUAUAGAACAAGGAUCUAUAGUCGUGGAUAGUGAGAUGUUGCGUGACAAAAAAUGGUUAAUUUCUGACAUCAGAGAAAUUCAUAUGCGCAAAUAUAUGUUAAGACGGAGUGCGCUUGAAUUAUUCUUGACAGAUCAAACAAAUUAUUUUUUCAAUUUUCCAGAUCCGAGGGAUAAUAAGCGUUUAUUCAAGAAAAUCAUAUCACUUCGACCAAGUUCAAUGAUAAAUCAGGACACGAAAUCUCCAACAAAAAUAUUUCAACGCUCAAGACUAACUGAGCGAUGGAAAACUCACGAGAUAUCAAAUUUUGAAUAUCUUAUGCACUUAAAUAGCAUCGCUGGAAGAUCCUUUAAUGAUCUAACACAAUAUUUUGUGUUUCCCUGGAUUUUAAAUGAUUAUGAAUCUGAAACGAUAGAUUUGACUAAUCCUAAUAUAUAUCGUGAUUUAACAAAACCUAUUGGAGCUUUAAACCCGGACCGCUUAGAACAGUUUGUAGAACGUUACGAAAACUUUGAGGAUCCAUCAGGGCGAAUAAAAAAAUUUCUUUAUGGAACGCAUUAUUCAAGUGCCGCCACGGUAUCUUGUUAUUUGGUUCGAUUGGAACCGUUCACUUCUGUUCAUAUUUCUUUGCAAGGAGGAAGAUUCGAUCAUGCAGAUAGGCAAUUUCAUUCAAUACAAGACACAUGGAAAUCUGUUCUCACUGCAAGUGGAGAUGUUCGAGAAUUAAUUCCCGAGUUCUUCUAUCAUCCCGAAUUUCUUACGAACCAUAAUGAUUUUGAUCUUGGUGUCAGACAAGAUGGUACACAUGUAGAGAAUGUAGUGCUACCAAAGUGGGCGAAUUCUCCGGAAGAAUUCAUUCGUAUUCAUAGGGAAGCGUUAGAAUCAGAGUUUGUCUCGGAAAACCUCCAUCAUUGGAUAGAUCUUAUUUUUGGUUAUAAACAAACGGGCGAAGAAGCUGCCAAAGCAUAUAAUAUAUUUUAUUACUUAACUUAUGAAGGCGCCAUAAAUAUCGAUAGUAUUCAAGAUCCUGUUGAAAGAAAGAGUAUUGAGCAACAAAUUUAUCACUUUGGACAAACUCCGACUCAAUUAUUAACCGAACCUCAUCCAAAGCGCCUUCUCAGCAAGGACUUUUUGAAAAAAGAUCUUUUAAACUCGGAUUAUAAUCAUCAACGGUUUGUCGUUGAAUUGAAAUGUGGUCGAUUAUAUUUAGUAGAUUUGCCGAAUCCAGAUAAUGAAUUGUAUUCUAUUAAUGAUUCACAACAAGUUAUUACAAUUGACGAAAAUGGUAUAAUCGGUUGCCAUCGAGUUUUAAGGAAAUCGACUGCACCAGAGAUACCUUUCACUGUGGAAGUCGAUCCAGGUUUACAAUAUAAGAGUAAGUUGAGUAGUCCAUACUGUUUUGACGCGGUGAUCUCACCAAGAUGUUUUGCGUGCAGCAAGGAUGGAAAAGUUAUUAUUAGCGCUGGUCACUGGGAUAACACAAUAAAGGUAUCCUUAACCGAGACGGGGCGAACCAUCGAUAGUAUUUCAGGACAUGAUGAUAUCCUUUUGAUAAGUGAAAAUGGAAGAAUCAUUGUCACGGGAACUAAAAGUUCAAAUUUGUUAUCAUGGAAAGUCAAUUUGACACAUGAUAAUGAAUUUUUGAAUAUUGAGCACACACCGAUACAUUCAUUCUACGGCCACGAUGAUGAGAUUACGUGCGUCGUCGUUAAUGCAGAACAUGAUAUUUUAAUAAGUGGAUCAAAGGAUGGAACGUGCAUAGUGCACUCGCUACAAAAUGCUCAUUAUAUUCGAACCUUGCGACCCAUAAAUGAUCCAGAUGCUACAGUAGAAUUUGUUUGUAUUUCCAUGGAUGCAAACAUUGAUGAAUAUUAUCUUCAUACCUAUAGUGUAAAUGGAAAGUUACUUAAUUCUAUUGAGAUAACCAAUCGAUUAAAUCAUAUGAUUUCUGCAUCGGAUAAAAAUGUUAUACUUACGGCUAAUGAAGAAGGACAAAUCUGUGUAUAUUUUGCCCUUAGUCAUGAAUUUAAUGUACCAUUGGUUGGUAGAUGUAUUAGGUUAGGUGGUAAUAAUAGACAAUUAUGGGUAGCAGGAGAUGAGGGUAAACUAUUCAUUCUUUCACAUAAUGCUGCACAUUACGACAAGUUAAUUUAA